AUGCAUCGAGCGCAGAUAAGGAACGACACUUCGCUGUUGCAAGGGAUCAAGUAUUUUGAGCCCUUCGUCCAGCUGAACAACAUUGGUAGCAUCAAGUGGCGCAAGUCGCUUCGCUUCCUAGUCUUGUACUAUUUCCUUGAACAAAAACUUAUCGACCGUACUAUUUUCACAAGAGAUGGACUCGAAUCAUUGCAGAGAGCAUGCACAAGUAUUGCGGAGGAGGCAAUUCGGAUGGGGAAAAAGACAGCUCGCCCACUUCUCGUCGUUCCAAAGAACGUUCAGAUCACAGAAGCUCAAACUCAGCCGAGAUCAGAAGAAGACGACGAAGACGAGGAUUUUGAAGGUAUACUCGUCAAGCGAGAGGAUAUACCAGCAGUGCUAGUGAAAGCACCCGAGAAUGACUCUAUGGGUGCGGUCAGUACCAUGCUGCGAAGAGACGACAACGUUGCCGCAAGGCCAUUCCCGAAGUCAACGGCCAGUCAAAAGGAUGCAGAGCGGAAGUACGGACAUGCGCCAGCUGCAACUAUCUUCGCAUGUGAGACUAAAAGAAAAAGGUCUGCGGAUGAACAUACCACGAGAGAGAAGGAGCACGGCAGUGAAGAGGAUCCGAAGCUGGUGUGCAGCCGCUUCAAGCGCCUUGCACAAACCAAGAUUGAGAACCUCCAAACGGAAGCGACAGCGAUCCAAGACACGCUGGAUGCGCACGCCACGUCACUCAACGAGGCCGUGAUGGCGGUUUCGAAUCAUGAGAAGGCUCUCGUAGUUGCAAAAGCAAGGCUGGAGACAGUACAAGCUGCAAAGGCGGCCACGGAGACAAGAUUGGAGGAAGUGCGCAAUGAGGUAAUCAAGAAGAGUUGGAUAUUUCAGGAAGGGUUCGAGUCUUUCUACGGUUGA